GCCUCCGCGGUGGGCGAUGGGAAGAUGGCGGCUGGCAGUAGUGGCGGCGGCGGCCCGGGUGACGCGUGCCGGCACCACGCGCAGCUGGGGGUCUGCGAGUCGCGCGCCAAGUACCGGGAGGGGCGGCGGCCGCGCGCCGUGAAGGUGGGGCCGGCCGGGGCCUCCCGCGCGCCGCGGCACGCGCCGCCUCUGCGGGGGGGGCGGCGGCGCGAGGCUGUCAGCGGGUCCCUGCGUCCCCGGGCGGGCUGUGGAGCGCGUCGGUGCUGGCUGCGGUGUCCCGGAGCUGCCCCGCCGCCAGCCCGCCGCCAGCCGCGGCGCCGCUCGCUCUGCGGUGUCGACACCUGUCCCCGUUCGGGAUGCUCCCGGUCCUCUCCUUGCGGCCGGGGCGCGGGCUCGGGCUUUACUGCGCGAAACUGCCCCGUCCUGAUGAUCUUUGUUCCAAAAAUCAGCCCGCCCGUGGGGAGGAAUUGGCUGUUUGGGAUCGCAGAAUCACCGCGGAAACUUGGUUUUAUUUCUUGGAGGAGUUUCUUUCUUAUUAUUGAGGCGCUUCACGUCCUUUAGUAUCUAACUACCCUGUGAGUUGUGUGUGCUCCCUUUCGGGGCAGAGCGCUGUUGUGCGGUGCCGUGGGGCCCUGCCACAAGGGUUUGAAACCUUAAAAUGUUAGCCUGUUAAUGCAAAAAAGCAGAGGGUAGAUGCUGGAAGAAAGAGUUUGGCUUGAGUCUGGUUUAUACUAUCAACUUGGAAUCUCGUUAUUUACUAAUACAAGGAGUCCCUGCAUUAGGAGUUAUGAAGGAAUUAGUUGAACAGUUUGCAUUAUAUGGUGCCAUUGAAGAGUAUCAUGCACUAGAUGAAUAUCCAGCAGAACAAUUUACUGAGGUUUAUCUUAUAAAAUUCCAAAAACUGCAAUGUGCAAGGGUGGCCAAGAAAAAAAUGGAUGAACGAAGUUUCUUUGGUAGUUUGCUGCAUGUGUGCUAUGCUCCAGAAUUUGAAACAGUCCAAGAAACUAGGGAGAAGUUGCAGGACAGAAGAAAGUAUAUAGCAAAAGCAACAAAUCAGAGAGAUUGCUUUGUGUUAAAAAAAGCAGAGGGGCCUAAGAAGACAAUCUCAAAGAACUCUGAGGGUGGCUGUCCGUGGAGUACAUCAGGGUCACAGACAACCGGUAACUGGGGUCCGUCCUGCUUUUCAGCUUCUCACAGGGCGUCCCACAACACAGGGCACCCAUCUGGGAAUCUGCAUCAGAGCCUGUUCACACUUCCCCAGGAUGAUAAUGGUUGUGCUGAAACUUCCGGGUACUUUGGUCAAAACACAUCCCUAACUGGAAGUGUACGUCCAGGGGGAUGUACUCCACCGGCUCCUUUAAUGCAGCAAAGAACAGUUCCGAUUGAUAACGGUGUCGAGAGGUUUAUGCCUCGUACAACUCACCUGCAAGAACGUAAGAGGAAGAGGGAAGAAGGUAACAAAUUUUCCCUCAUUGGAACAAGUGCGGACAAUACUGAGGUCAUUAUUGGUCCACGGCUACCAGAAAUACCUAAAGUGGACAUGGAUGACGACUCAUUGAAUACUUCAGCUACAUUGAUUCGAAGUAAACUGAAAGAGGUAGCAGAUUCUGUUUCAAGAACAUCUGUGGAAAAGCCAGAGAGUAGCUCAGCCAAACCCCUUGUAAAGCAGAGAAGAAGAAUAUAGAUACUGCUGGCAGCAUCUUCCAACACUCCUUUUGUGAAGGAUUUAGUUUAAAAUACUUUUUUUUUAAAUGUAAAAAAUAUUUUUAUACUGUAACUUCUAAGCAAUUCCCUGUUAAAAAAUUGAAUCAAUUUGUUUCUUGGAAUGAAUAAAUAUAUUAUUCUCACAAUCGUA